GUCCCAGGUGGUUUGCGCGGGGGCGCCAUGGAAGUUGUGCUCGCUCCGGCCCAGCACGACGGCCUGCACGCGGCGUUUUGGCCCAAUCCCUUCGACAUCGGCGUUGGCGGAGAUGGGCGGUUCUCCUCGAGCCUCUCCUCGCUCGGCGGCGAUCGCUUCUGCGGCUACUCCACCACCGCCUCCCGCUUCGUCAAUAGCCCCGGGCUAUCCUCGCCGUCGCCGCGUGCCGACUCGCUGUCCCGCGGCUCCUCCGACUCUGGCUCCGUCGUCGAAGACGGGGACGAUGCGGCGGCCACCGCCUCCAGCGUCGCGGAGCGUCGACUCCGCCUCGUGCGCCUCGCGCUCCAGUACCAGGAGGUGGUCAACCGCUUCGAGCUCUGCCUCUCGUACCUCGCCGACGCCAUCAACGAGGCGGCCGCGCUCCGCCAGGAGAACGAUGAGCUCCGCGUCGCCAACGAGUACCUCGCCCGCCGCAUCAACGUGGUCGGCGGCAGGCUCGCCGAUGAGUUCAGCGGUCUCCGCCUCGCCGAGGAGCACACCACGCCACCUCCUCCGUCACCGCUGCCCGCUACACCAGUGAUGCCGAAGAGCAUCUCCGUUCGCUCGCCCGGCUAUCUCAAGAUGAUCCAGAACGGCAAGCAUCGGGCGUCCAAGCCAACGAAGGGCUCGCGCGUGUUAGUGGGCAUGGAAGGCGGAGUGAAGGGGGAGGAGGAGGAGAAGCUCAACGGCGGGCUGCAGUUCGAGGUGUACAACCAGGGCAUGCUGAAGACAGAGCUCUGCAACAAGUGGGAGGAGACCGGCACCGUGCUGAGCCUUCGGAUGCUUGGUGAGCACUGCCGGCUCACGGAGGCAGCAGUUGGGUCGGGUGGGCUGCGCGCGUCGCCGACGAGGACGAGGGCGAGCGACGGGUGCGAGCGGCGGCGACUUGAGCGUCAGUUUCUGGCUUUUCUCUAG